ACAGAUUUUUACCUGGCAUCUCUGGUUAAAAUGGUAAUAUUGUAUUGUGGAGUUAAUACAAAAUCAGCUGUGUUGCAGAUGAAAAAUUAGCAAAACUUUUGCUCAUUAUUUCCGACAACAGUGAACGAUUACGGUAUAUCUUACAUAUUAUAACUUUUUACGUUCCUCCACGAAUGUGUUAUAAUCCAAACGUUUAAUGGAAGGAUUAGCGAAACUACCAGACAAUAAUAUCACUAGUGGAUCUGGUUGCACCAGUGUAAUCGCCAAUGGGUAUGGAACCCAGUUCAUGACAGUGGCUCCUCCUUUACUAAAUUGUGAAGAUGAGCUCAUCUGGCUUGAUAUGAGCAAUCCUGCUUUCCACAAACCAGUAUAUAAUAGCUCGAUUAACGAAUCGAAAUGUUUGGGGAAGGAUGCAAAAAAUUUGAUCAUUCAGUCCUUUCGGCAAGCUCUAAGCAUACAGGACCAAAACGAACUUAUGCGAGAAUUAGAGAAAGAUCCGGAUAUUGUUUACAAUGUUGGACUUACUCCGGACAAGCUUCCUGAUUUGGUCGAAUACAACCCAUUGAUUGCAAUUGAAAUUCUUCUCAAACUGAUUCAUUCUUCGGAAAUUACCGAAUACUUCAGUGUUUUGGUGAAUAUGGAAAUGUCACUACAUUCAAUGGAAGUUGUCAAUCGGUUGACCACAUCCGUUGAACUUCCUACAGAGUUUGUUCAUCUAUAUAUUAGUAAUUGCAUUUCAUCAUGCGAAGCGAUCAAAGAUCGUUACCUGCAAAACCGACUCGUUCGGCUAGUCUGCGUUUUUCUUCAAAGUCUUAUAAGAAAUCAUAUAAUUGAAACAAGUGAGUUGUGUAUUGAACUCGAAGCAUUCUGCGUUGAGUUUAGUCGUAUAAGGGAGGCAGCUGCUCUGUACAGGCUACUAAAGCAACUCGAAUCUGAUUCCAAUACGACAACAAUCAAAAAGUGAAACAAGCAAUAUUAUCCUGUAUUUGAGGUUUCAAUAGGAAAUAUUGAAGUAAAUAAGAAUCGUUCAAAUAAUCGA